UUACACAGCUGAUUGUCAUUUGUCUUCAUAUUUGCGAGAGCAUAAAAAUUUGGUCGUGUAUUACUCAAGAUCUAUUUUGGUGAAUAUAAUGUUUGUACGCCAAUCACUUCGAAGAUUACCAGGAGUGACACGUCGAAGCUGCGUUACAGCGGCUGCGGUGGCCCCCAAUCAAACGGUACGUGAAUCUUUGGUGCCGACUGAUUACCGCACCGAUGAGACCAAUACUGCGGCACACUCCAGCGUUCAUGAUGCCAAAUUCUAUACCAUUCCAAACGAUGUCAGGAAGCAAUUGUUUGGCGGCGGCGGUUUACCAAAACAGUUUGACCAGCAAGUGAAAACGUUUACAGAAACAUGUCUCAUGGUAAGGCAGCCCGCCCUUGAGGUCAUUAAUUACAUCAAAAAUACCGAUUUUUCCAAACCUACGAUACGAUAUGUCCUUUACGGUGAAAAUGGUGUAGGCAAAUCAUUGACUCUGGCUCAUAUCAUACACUAUGGACAUCAGAAUGACUUCCUUCUGGUGCAUAUUCCAUGGGUGGCUAACUGGAUGAAGAAACCCAAAGAAACAACGAAUGUUGAGCAAGAGGGUCUUCUCGAUUUGCCAUUUGAUGCUGCCGCUUGGUUGUUGCACUUCAAAAAUCAAAAUGCCAAACUAAUGGCCUCCCUUGAUUUGAAGACAAGCAAAGAGUAUGUUUGGUCAAAACGUGAAUCGACCCCAGCCGGCAGCAGCCUUUCUGAAUUGGUAGAACAUGGCAUACAACGGAUAAAAUUUGCCUCGGAGACAAUAGCCGCUUUGAUAUCAGAACUAAAACAACAUUCGACGGCAGGGCAUUGCAAAGCCUUGGUGGCCAUAGAUGGGUUCAAUGCAUUCUUUCAUCCGGAAACUCGAAUUUUAACUGAUAACAAGCAAAAAGUAACACCCGAUCGUAUUACACUGACCAAACCAUUCUUGGACAUUACCAAUUACGAUUGGACAAACGGUGUGGUUGUGGUGACGGUAGACAAAAUUGCCAUGACCGAAGGCUACAUGGAAUCGUAUAUGCCCCGUUAUUUACUGGGCACACAGGGUUUUGAGCAUUUGGAUCCUUUUGUACCAGUGCGUGUUGACAAUUAUACUGAUAAGGAAUAUCAUAGUUGUAUACAGUAUUAUUUGGAUCGCCAUUGGAUACAGAAAACUCCUGAAGGAUUUGAAGAUCAAUUAAAAUUCUUAAGUAAUAAGAAUCCUUAUGGUUUAAUGCGUCUAACACGGUCUUUGUAAGUUGCAACACCACGACCUAUUGUUUUUGCUUAUUUUUAAUCGAUUUGUUAUAUGGAAAAUAAAAAGUAAAGCCACGAAAAACAGUUUUAACUCUACCACUAUCACAUAACGAA